CUGUGGUGCUUCCAAAUACAGGGCAUGGACACGGCAAUUGUUCCGAACACAUGACUUCGAGUUUAGCAUUUGAGGUCAACAUUGUUGGCACAUUAGGCUAGUUUCGUCCUCGACAUGACCAGCAUGUCUUUUGUUAGUUUGGUGGUGUGUUUCCUUGCUGUUUCGUGUCUGACAUGGGCUAACUACGCCCCUGACGAGGUAACCGAACUACCGGGAAUGUCGUUUAAACCAAACUACCGGCAAUGGUCGGGCUAUUUGAAAGCCAGCCCUGGAAAGUUUCUCCAUUACUGGUUUGUGACCUCACAGAGGGACCCACUGAAGGACCCUGUUGUGCUGUGGCUGAAUGGAGGGCCAGGCUGCAGCUCGCUGGAUGGCUUUCUGUCAGAGAACGGCCCCUUCCAUGUGAAUGAUGAUGGGGCCACUCUGUAUGAGAAUAAUUUCAGCUGGAACAGGAUCGCCAACGUUCUGUACCUAGAGUCCCCUGCAGGUGUGGGAUACUCCUACUCUGAUGACCAGAAGUACAAAACUGACGACGACCAGGUGGCUGAUGACAACUACCUAGCUCUGCAGAGUUUCUUUGCCAAGUUUCCAAACUUCACACAGAAUGAGUUCUUCAUCAUCGGUGAGAGUUAUGGUGGGAUAUAUGCCCCGACACUCAGCCAGCGUGUGGUCACAGGAACCGCAAAGAUUAACUUCAAGGGCUUUGCAGUGGGUAAUGGCCUCAGUAGCUAUGCCCUGAAUGACCAGUCUCUGAUCUACUUUGGUUACUACCACGGCCUCUUCGGAGAACAACUGUGGACAGAUCUGAACACAAACUGCUGCGAUAAGGGAACCUGUAACUUUUUCAACAACAGCAAGGAGGCCUGCAAGACACUGUUGAGCCAGGCCUUUAGUAUUGUGUAUGAUUCUGGGCUGAAUGAGUAUGCACUUUACAUGGACUGUGAGGGUGGAGUCGGGGCCAAAGCCUAUGAGAGGAGCAUGAGCCACCUCUUCAGGAACUACAGGAAGCACUGGGACACCUUCCAGUUGCUGAAGGUGCCGUCCGUCACUGGCCAAACUCCUCCUGUGGGUGAGGUCCCUCCCUGCAUUAACAGCACAGCUCAGAUGAACUGGCUCAACCGGGGUGAUGUGAGGAAAGCCCUACACAUCCCUGAUACACUUCCACCCUGGGACAUCUGCAGUGAUGUGGUGGGAGGACAGUACACCAACAUCUACCCGACAGUGAAGGAUGUGUAUCUGAAGCUGCUGUCUCUGGGUGUCCGGGCACUGGUCUAUAACGGAGACACUGACAUGGCCUGCAACUUCCUGGGAGACAAGUGGUUUGUGGAGCAGCUCAACCAGAAGACAACCACCAAGUACCAGAGCUGGAUAUCUGAUGACCAGAUUGCCGGCUUCUACGAGCAGUAUGGAAACCUCACCCUCCUGACUGUGAAGGGCGCUGGUCACAUGGUGCCGCAGUGGGCUCCAGGCCCCGCCUUAGACAUGUUCCAGUCCUUCCUGUCAAACAAACCCUACUGAGCAUGCUCCUGGGGCUGCUUCCAGUGUCUGUAAUGGAACUUGUUAGUGGGUCAGGAUGAUGGCCCAUUUUUCUCAGGGAGGGUUGGGUGGAAAGGGGUAAACAAAUGUUUUGUUUUUGUGAUCAAAUAUAAUGUUUCUGUUGCACUCCAAGUAAGUUCAUUAGAUCAAAACACAACUCUGGAGUUGGGGUGACAGGAGUGUAAUCGGACUAAGCCAUUAUAAUUUUAUUUGAAGCAAACUGCAUAUUAAUAGCCUUACAGAAAUGUUUAGAUGCAUCACAUGUCAAAUCUUCCUUUGGUGAUUCUGUGCUAUCACUCUGGUUGGCUUUCUAACUGAUUAACAGCUUAUUAGUCGCAUCAGAACUAUCAUUUGCCUUCUGAAUUUCCUCAUGCAGUUUUUGUAUCGGGUUUUCAAUUGUCACCACUUGGGGGAGCUGAAAUGCCACGGAACUCAAAUAGCCAAAAGGCCAAUCAGCACUUUAAAAUAAUCUAACAUUCUUUGUCUUUCUAAUAAAUGCUUUUUAUGAAACCAUUUGUAUCAUUAUCAUUUUAAGAGCUUUUUUUUUUAUUGAACAUGAUUAAUUACCGAAUGUGUAAAAACAUCCAUGUAAUCUUAAGUGACUUCCAUAGACAUGUAAAGAUAAUGAUGGUGAUUGAGCACCAAAAAUCUCCUCAGCCAUUAUACUGAAGAUUCAGUACACAACAGGCCCAUCAGUGUAGCAGAGAUUAACUGGACAUGACUAGUGAUUCCUGUGUAACUGAAAUUAAGCUAUAUUUUUAGUUGCUUCAAGACUUACAGGUAGUCCUUGCAAAAGUCAGGAUAUAUCAAUGUCUCUAGUGCUUCCUACAUCUGCAUUGCUUGUUUGGUGUUUAAGCUGGGUUUCUGUAUAGCACUUUGACAUCUGAUAUAAAAAGGGUUUUAUAAACACAUUUGACUAGUCCAUGCGUUUUCCAAAUGGGGUACUGCAGCGGUCCGCAAUUACUUUUGGGGAGGAAAAAUAUUGGAAUUUUUAAACACAAUUAAUGCCGUGUUUGAGAACAAUUAAAAACCAGAUAGAAAAUAAAAA